AUGACUACUUCUUCUGUACCAUCAAGUUCGUAUGACGGAGAGGCCCCGUCGAUGAUACCCAUCAUGGAGAUUGCUGCCUCCGCCACAGAUAUUGAAGGCGACGGCGAUGGUGGCGACGAUGCCAGCAUAAUCGACUUUUUAAAGCCCCUAAUCCUUGACGAUAGCACGGUAUACGACCUUGCAUACCGAUUCUCAAAGACUUUCAAGGAUGUUGCGGCAAAUUCUCUGGAGCAGUUCUUCCCUACGGCUGUGACUCGUCUCCCCACGGGCCAGGAGACCGGUCACUAUCUGGCUGCAUAUGUUGGCCUGUCCUAUCUCCGGGUGGCCUUUAUUGAUUUGCUAGGCACUUCUGUACCAGCAGCCAGGGUCCAUAGUAACGAUGGUGUGGCUUCACCGCGUGUACGGCGGACGCUGGAGAAAGCGUGGCCGAUUGAGGAGCGUUUGAAGAAGGAUAAUGCUAAAGACCUAUUCGCAUGGAUUGGUGAUCGAGUUGCUGAGGUUGUGGCCGACAGCCUGGAGCCGCAAGGGAGCAGUUCUCCGCCAUCGGUAGACAUGGGCAUUUCAUUUUGUUUCCCGAUAAAGCAAGGGAAUCUUAAUGAAGCAAUACUGAUGCCCACUGGUAAGGGGUUCGCUAUAAAUUCGGAUCUUAACCUUCGUGAGGCGUUACUGGAUGGAUAUGAGUGCCAUAUACGCCGCGCCAACCGCGAGUCUGCUGCAGAUGCUAAGCGGCUACGGCGCACUCUGCCGACUCUGAGAGUGGUAGCUAUUACCAACGAUACGGUUGGGACGCUGGCGUCUCUUGCAUACUCAGUACCAUCUCUCCCUAACAGUAAGGCAGUAAUGGGCCUCAUCGUCGGCUCAGGAUGCAACGCCACAAUUUUAAUGAACAUGGACGCGCUCAACGAGAAGAAGACUCGUCCGGUUAGAGCUAAUCAGCCUGACGCUUCUGAGGUCCUUGUUAGCACAGAAUGGACUCUCCGUGACUCCUCUCGCCCCUUACUGGAACUUAGUAUUGCCUCAGACUGGGACGAUACACUUACUCUGGGAAGCAGUCGACCUGGUUUUCAGCCCCUAGAGUAUAUGGUCGGUGGCCGAUACAUAGGCGAAUUAGUCCGUAUCAUUGCCCAUGAUUAUUUCAAAACAGUUUGCGGGAUACCCGACGAAGCCCUUCCUGUGGCAAUAGUCGAGCCCUACCGGCUUACAACUGAUUUACUUUCCUUAACCAUUGCCUCUCACUCCCUGACCAAGAAAGGCCUUGCCUCUGAACUUCAAACUAAACUACCUCCUCGUCAGUCAACAGCCGAAUGGAUAUGGACUGAAGAAAAUGCAGGGAUAUUACGCACUAUUGCAGCCACAGUGCAGAACCGUUCUGCUGCCAUAGUAGCCGCUGCCACCACAGGGCUGCUCGCGUGUACGGGGCACAUCCAUCUAAGUAGCCUUGAUGAGCUAGCUUCCGCUGCUCACACACCCACCAAGGAGGCUACCUCCUUCUUACAACCCAGAGACCUUCGAAGCCCUGAGGAACUGGUUGUUGGAUUUUCGGGUGGUGUGAUACAGCAUUAUCCGAUGUACAAACAGCAUGUGCAGAGAUAUAUUGACCAGAUACUGCUGCGCGGUGGCCCGCAGGAUGGAGGGAAGAGUAUUUUCUUACGGGAGGCUAGCGAUGGCGGUAUCAUUGGAGUGGGUGUUCUGGCCGGAACGACCAAGGGGAGGAUUGAGACAAUUACAGGAGCAGGCAUGAAGGCUGCGGAGCAUAAAAAUGACCCCCAAUCAUGA